GCGGGGUUGAAAUUGUUGGGGGACCGUGUUCAUAGAAGGGAAGAGUGCCAUUGCAAGACAGACAGUGAUUUCAUUUGCGCCACAUUGGAUUGGUGGCCACCUGACAAGUGUGAUUAUGGGACAUGUAGCUGGGACCACGCUUCUCUCCUUAAUCUGACAUCAACAUAUUGGUGUCUCGCUGCCAGAGGGAAUUUGGUUCAUGGUGGGUUGAAAGGAAAAAAUUUACAU